CUGGUGAGGAAUUUAAUGAUCGCUUUAUUUUGAUUGAUACCUUUUUUGUCACAGAAAAAGAAAAUAUGACAGCCGAAAAGAAAUCGAUUUUGAGCUGGCCAGAGGGAAGCAUCCACGACUGCCACAUAGACAAAUUUCAGUUUGCUGAAAUAUCAAGGUUAUCACAUAAUGAUUCUCGCAGUUGGCUGAACCCCGCUUUUCAAGCAGCGAGUGCCGUUCAUGCAUAUAUGUCACCGGAGGGCCCAGUAUCCACUGUUUACGGGCAUGGCUCUGUGGAAGUACAGAUUGAAAAUUUAAUAUCACGGAAUAAGUUAUCGGACAGUGUUGCCAUGAAUGAAAAUGACUACGAUAAACUAAAAGGGGAACUUAAGCAAACUUCUGCUCCGCAGAAGCACAGACGCGUGGCUGCAAAUGCAAGGGAGAGGAGGAGGAUGCACGGACUGAACAGGGCUUUUGACAAGCUGAGAAGUGUCAUACCCUCACUUGAAAACGAGAAGAAGUUGUCCAAGUAUGAUACUCUUCAAAUGGCACAGAUUUAUAUAACGGAAUUGUCAGAACUUUUGGAAGGUGUUGGGAAACCGGAUCGUAGAAGCUCCAGCGCAGAACACAGCAUGCUUGGAAAUCAGGGUAAGAGAGCGGAACUGCCGCCCUGUUUGCCCGACAGCGUUUUGGGCAGCAGCAUUAAGUACCCGGUGGAAUCCGCGCAGCGCCCGCUGCGGUUGUUAAGCGAGCCUCGAGAUAUUAACGCGUCUGUCGGACAUCUGAUCAUUCUGUCUACAACAAAAUCGGACUUGUCGAUCGACAACAAGAAGGUGGCAUCUUCCAACGGCAGCGACGGGGAAUCAUCGCAUUUCAGUGACUGUGAGGAUGCUAACUCGGACAGGCAUUGAGAGCUGUGGGCAAACUGGAUAGAUUCUCAAUGGGAUUUUCCGCUUUUGA